AUGGGUGUGAAACAUGACUUGCAACGAGCCAGAGCUGCCAUUGAGUAUGAGAAGAAUGGAUAUGCAGAGAAUUACCAGCAUGGUCAGCUGAUGGAGAAUAACCUGAUCUCAAUGGCCAGGGAGUUGGAAAAACUUCGUGCAGAGUUUGCUAAUGCUGAUAAAGGAGCCAGUGCUGCUGCUUCUGGUGGGAAUCCAGGUUAUAGUGGAAACUAUGGCGGCCCUGAAACUGGAUAUGCAGCAAAUUCUUAUCUUACAAACUAUGGCAUGAAUCCGAUACUGGCAAGCGCAGAAAGUUUUCCUCAAUACGAACCUGGACCUGGUUCCUGGGGUGCAUACAAUAAACAGCAGCUCUCUUAG